CGCAACCACAGAUACAUAUGGCCCGCGUCAUUCUCGAUUUGAGUAAGUCGCAUGAGUCGCGCUAGUAAACUACAUAUAUUAAGCAGCAGUUUCGUUGUGCUGUUUUUGUCUAUUAUCUAAAUUAUGCGUGAAAAUGACUAUACCAAAACAAUCCUUUAAAUUAAUCGAGAUACAUAUUAAUAAAUUUUACGAGGAAGCCAUCCCACACCAUAAGAACCUUUUUGAAACCCACAAACUCACAGCACACAAGUUGUCGACAUCUGGUAAUGUGACGCAGUUAAGCAAAGAAGUUAAGGCGAAAAAACGCGUCGUUAAGCAGUUGAAGGACCUACUCUAUGAAUUGGAUACUCUGAGAACUCAAGUGGAUGAUGUUGAUCUGGAUAAAUUUGAUGACAAAACAUUCUCAUUUAGGAAAACAGUUACUACAUUUAUCAAAGACUACAAUGCUAUUGAGAAACAAUCUGUUAUUCUAUCUGAUGCAGAAAAUAACAUAAAUGAAAAUAUCGAAAAUGAAAAUCCCUCCAGUAAUAUUUCACAGAUUCAAUUGCAGACCAGUUUAUCUGAGCUUAAACUGCAGGAACAACAGAGCAGACUGAAUAAUGUAGUGAAUUUAGAGAAUGACAUUGAAGAUCUACAUGGUAUUUAUGUUAACUUAAAUGAAAUGGUUGUUGAGCAAGGUGAAACUAUUGAUCAGAUUGAGACCAAUGUGGAGGAGACACAAGAGAAUGUAAAUAAUGGAUUGCAACAUUUAGUUACUGCAUCAAGAUUGAAAAAAGCAAGUUAUCCUCUGACAGGUGCACUUCUUGGUUCUUUAGUGGGAGGUCCAAUUGGUUUUGUAGCUGGAUUUAAAAUUGCCAGUGCUGCAGCUUUAAGCUGUGGUGUAAUGGGCUAUGCAGGUGGGCAGUUGAAAAACUGCAAUGAAUCUGAAGUGGUGGACAAUACUACCAAUGAAUUGAAAGUGGAGACACAAGAUGAUACAGAAACCUGUGAAACUGCUACUGCUUCCAUGAAUGGCAGUGAUAAGAAAGAUAAAUGACAGUGUGUUAUUAUUUAAGUACAAAUUGUGGCUUCAUUUACAUACAUAUUAUGACAUUGAUAUGUGAUAACUUCUAAUUAAUAGUGGAUGGUCUCAUACUUUAAGUUAAAUAUAUUAAUUUCAAA